UAGAACCAUACUCUAAUCAAUGAUAUAAAGAGAAAUACUGCAAUUAAUUAUGUCAUACAUUAUCAUGGACUUAAAACUGCUUUUCAUGCUUUUCCUUUCUAUGGGAAUUGUCUUUGCAGGUCCAUAUUCUCAACUAAACUAUAAAUGCAGUAGAGAAUGCAAAAAUACCGCUAAGAAAUUUCAGUAUAAAGAACAAACAACAUAUGUAUACGAUUUUGAAAGCACAAAUUACGUUAAAAUCGGAAGUUCGCCUUACAAACCAGUUGCAAUCAAAGCCAGAGUUGAAAUAAGUAACUUGGGAAACUGUGAGAUGGCUUUGGAGAUAAAAGAUGCAAAAUUAUUCGUUUCCGGGAGAGAAGAGCGUCAAAUAACAGAAUUAAUGCAUUCUCCUCUUUUGUUUUCGUUUGAAGAUGGUGAAAUUAAAGAAAUUUGUCCAUGGCCAAAUGAUUCUACAGAAGUUAUUAAUAUAAAACGAGCUAUAUUGUCUGCUUUUCAGAAUACUAUGAGCGGUUUUGAUAAGAAUUAUGAAAAUAAAAAUGAAAAUGAUAUAGUUGGAUCGUGUGGCACUGUUUACGGGAUAAUAGAAAGAUCAAAUAAAACGGUAAUAGUUAGUAAAUCCAAGAAUUUGACUGAAUGUGAAUACCGACGUAUCGGCAAUACUGCAUUAUUAGCUGUCCUUGAACCAGAUGAAAAACAGGUACUCGUAAUGCACAAACUAAUUGCCAACUGUCAACAAACUAUUGAAGACGGCAUUAUAACUAAUGUUUCGUGUGUCGAAUAUAGUACAUUUCAGCUUUUCAAAAAUAUAAAAAUUUAUGAUACGAGAUUGCUUCAUAAAACGAAAGCAAAAGUUAAACUCAUUCUACAAUAUGUUCGACGUUUGAAGUCAUUUACACCUUAUGAAAUCGUCGAAAGAAAGCACUUGUUAUAUUCUCAUCAACCAGAAACGUUCUCUAAUCUUGCUUAUGAAGAAGCUUUAAGAAUUUUACGAUCUCUAUGUUCCGAAGUUCCAGAAGCAAUUAAUCAAGAAACACCAAAACUCUUCUCGCGCUUAGUGCAGGCUCUUCGUAACGUACAACCUAGUGAAUUAGAAGAUAUUUAUGAGAAAAUGGAGAGAGGAGAAAUAUGCCAAUCAACUUGGCUAAAAAAUUUAAUCAAUAAUGCAUUACCUCAUAUCGGUCACGAAGGUUCUGUCAGAAUAAUGGUGAAUAAGAUCCAAAGUAGAACUGUUAGUAAAAUUCAAACAGCUCUUUGGGUUACUAGUUUGGCUUUUAUUAAAUAUCCUACAGAAGAAACCAUUUUAGCUACUGUGCCAUUAUUGGAUUACGAGAAAGCAGGAAAACAAGCGCUUCUAGGGAUUACUGCAAUGUGCAAUAAUUAUUGCAAGAAAAAUACAAACUGUGAACAUUCAGAAGCUAUUCAGCAAGUAAUAAGAUCUCUUAGCAGAUACUUGAAGUAUAGAUGCAAUGUUUAUGAACCAAAUGAAGUAACACAGGUAAUCACAGCUUUGAAAAGUUUCGGAAAUUUGGGAAGAGUUGGAGAUGCUAGAAGACAAAUCCUAGAAUGUGCUGAAAAACCAUCCAAUAAAGAUACCAUUCGAUUGGCUGCAAUAGAAGCAUUCCGACGAACACCAUGCGAAGAAGAGGUUAAACAACGGUUAAUGAAUAUUUUCUAUCCUCGGGAUGAACCUGUUGAAGUGCGUAUUGCAGCUUAUCUAGGAGUAAUGAAAUGUGCAGAUAGAAAACUCGUGAGAAGGAUCAAACAAGUUUAUGACUCAGAAAUGCUCAAUCAAAUAAAAGCAUUUGUCUAUUCUCAUAUAAAAAAUCUUCAAGAAAGUUCUUCUCCCGAAAAAGAAAAUAUCAGAAGAAUUGUGAGAGAAUUUGAAUUCCAACCUCAACCACUGGAUAUCAUGAAAUAUUCUCAAAAUAUUGAAUGGUCAACUUAUCAAAAUAUGAAUCAAGCUGGAGAAUUUGAAUCAAACAUUAUUUAUUCACUGGAUUCGUUCAUACCGCGAUCGUUCAUGGCAAAUUUGACUUCAAUUUUUUACAGAAAAAGCAUCAAUAAUAUCGAAGUUGGAGGAAGAGUAGAAGGUCUUGAUCAUUGGUUGGGAAGUUUGUUUUCACCUAUAGGAGAAUAUGGUCAUAUGUCGUUUAGUGAAUUUGCCCAUUACAUGUUUGGUUUAGCUAAGAAGAAACUACGACCAAAAUGGCCGACUUCUAGAACAUUAAAUCAUAAAUAUAAAGCAAAAAUUGACUCGUUUUCUGAGAAUAUGAAAGCCUCUGUUCCUCACGAUGCUCAUGGUUCAUUUUAUUUCAAACAUCAAGGCAGUGAAUUAUUAUGGGUCACAAUUGAUGGACAAACUGGCUUCAGCUUGGGAAAAAGUAUAGGUUAUAUGAAUAUUCUUUCAGAGCUUGCAAAAAAUCAAAAAGUUGAUACAACUCAUGGACUUUAUUUGGAUACUUCUGUAAUUUAUCCAAGUAUUUCUGGAGGUGCAAUUACUUUUGAUAUUGAUGGAUCAGUAAUAUUAGGAUUGAAGGGAGAAGGAAAGAUAGAUUUGAGAAAAGCGUUCUCCUCGCCAAAAGAUAUGGAUAUUGAAGGAAAAUUACGUGUCAGUACUGCUAGUGAAAUAAAUAUGAUUAUGAGUUACAAAUUACUCUCACAAUCGCCAAGUAUGAAAUAUGUUGUCAAGACUCACGGAGACAUUGCGCUUAAUGGAAAAUUGUCAAUUAAAGAUGGACGAUUAUUCGAUUUAUACGUUGAUCUACCAGACGAAAAAUUGGAUAUUUUAUCCAUAAAUGUUGAUGUUAUACAUGUUGAUGAGUAUGAUCGUGAAUCUUCAAUUCAGCCUUCAAGAAAUUUCAACCGUUGCUUUAAACUUUUUAGAAAAAUAAUAGGUUAUGAUAUCUGUACUCAGAUAACUCUUCCUAAGCCUAUAAUAUCAUCUCAAGCACCUUUCAUUCCUGUUAGUGGACCUUACGCAACGAAAAUAUCUCUUUUGAAAGAAGAUCGUGGCAUUCGUGGUGUCUUACUAAAUAUCGAAUUGCCUGAUCGCAAUAGCUUCAACAAGACGAAAUUUAAAUUUGAAUUCGAUACGCUGGGUUCUGCAGCUAGUAAGAAGCAUUCUUUAGAAAUUGUUUAUAUUACCACACAAAAUGCUAAAAUAUCGCAUGAGCUUCAAAUAGAUUUGCAAACACCAUAUAAAAAAGCUAAAGCAAAAGUAAAGUUAGCCAGUGCUUCAUCUUUGAAACUGUUCGAAGUUGAUUUGAUCUUCGAUCAAACACGUCGUUGGACUUCACUUGUCCAUAUUACAAGUGAGACGACCAAACAGUUUUUAGAAGGGAGAAUAGUUACGAAAUUUCAUUCAAUAAUAAAGUUUAUUUGUCCAAACAGACGACCAAUAUUAUUAUCUGGCUUACUUACACAUACAAAAACAGAUACGGAAUUAUUUACAUUUGAUCUUUCUCCUAGCCAUCCUUCUAGUCAACUGAUUCAAGUGUCAGGUAUGUUUCAUAAAGAAGGGAAUAUUACAUUUAAUAAUCAAUCAAUAUGGGAAUUGACUACAAAACUUAACGUAAAGCUUCCAUUUUUUAACUAUCAAAUAUCGGGUAAAACACUUAAAAACAGGAAAAUAUUAUCAUCCGAUAUAUCAAUAGAUUAUGAAAAAAGGGGCGAUAGACGACAAAUUUUUAAAGUAAAUUACCUAUUUCAAAAUCUAAGCACUCAAUAUUUUACCAAAACUAUAACCAUAGUCGAAAUCCAUUCUACUCAAAAUCCAAAAUAUAAUAUUCUUUUGGACUGGGAUUUUCAAUAUAAACCGAAAGAACAUCUAGAGAACGAGUUAAUAAUUACAGAUAGUUUAAACCCACGAAGGCUUCUUUACCUCCUACAAGUCAGUAAAAUUGACAGAAAAAAUAAUCCGAAUUUCUCAUCAGAAAAUAAUAUAAUAAUUAAUGUUCCAGUAAAGGAGAUUGAUUAUGAACUUAAAUUUUCUGUAAAUCAUGACAGAACUCAGUUUAUGACAACAGUUGAUGCCGAAAUGGCACGACAUAAACAGUCGUGCAUUAAAUCCAAUUUAAAAUAUUAUUUAGUUCAAGAAAAACCAUUGACUAUGGCACUCGACUUUAUCUUACAAUAUCCUGGUAGAACCAUACAAUAUUUUGACGAAGUAACAGAAUUAUCACCCGAAGAAUAUCAGGGAAUAUCAAAUCUUCAAUGGGACAAAGAUCAAGAAUAUGUUUUAGAAUAUGUGUAUAUAAUCAAAAGUGAUGUAAAUAGUUUUCAUCAUGAGUUUAAUACUGUUCUAUCUGCAUCUUGGUUAAAAUAUCCAAUGGAAAUUAGCGGUUUAUUUAAAAUGAAUGAAAAUUCUGUUGAUAUCAAAGGCAUUGCAGGUUAUAAAGGAAAAUCUCCCUAUAAAAUAAGAAUUGAAAUUAUUCCAAGAAAAUUCAGUAAACUGAGUUUAGAUUUACGAAUUUACGGAAAGAGCAAUUUCCAAUUUGAUAACAGUGAUACAAACACAAUAUUAAAAUUCGAUAUAAGUAGACCAGAAACCGGUCGACGAAUUUUAGGCCAAAUAUUAAGCCAGACUUCACAAUUAAAUUCUACUCUUAAAUUUGAAAUAAGUUGGAAUGCCGAUAUUGAUCCUUCUGCGAGACUUUCUAUUGAAUCUGAAAUAAUACCGGUUUCGUCUUUAUCUGCUAAAUAUUAUAUUAUAAAGAAUAAAAUAGAGUAUCGAAAAAAUUUAGUAAUAUAUUCAAAAACACAAAUAUAUAUUGGUGACUCACAAGAUCGUCAUAAUACGCAAAUAAAGCAAAGAAGAUCUUCUAUACAUAUGAACCAGGAUGUUAAAAAGGGAAUUUUAAUUUUUGAUAUGACUUGCAAAUAUGAAAAUAAAACAUUAAUGCAAAUAUCGGCAUCAGGCCAGUUUUAUAAGCAAAUAUCUCAUUUGGAAAUGGAUUUUGACGCUGUUGUUCAUUCAUCCAACCCAAAAUGGGAUGGAAAAGAAAUACAUUUUAUUCUUACGCUGGAUAAUUCUUAUUCAUAUAUUUUUAAAUCUGAACUCCGAAUCAUUCCAACACCGUACAAGCAAUAUCUAGUAAAUAUAGAAGGUAUUCUUACACUAACAGAAAGUUCUGAAGUUUUGAAAGCCUCAUUAGCAUUACGAACUCCUGUUCGAGGAUGGAGAAAACGUGAAAUCAAUCUAAAUGCAGAAAAGUCACGUGAUAAAAUUGCAUUUGAUGCUGAUCUUACCACGGACGAAAGCAGGAAACUUAUUGUUUCAGGAAACAUAGAAAUCACCUAUUAUGGUGCUAGAUUGCAAUGUGAAAUUCAAACACCGGCUUCCGGAAGAAUGAAGACAACUAAAGUUAUAGCAGCUUACAUUCUUCAGCCUUCAAAUUACGAAGUACAUUGCCGGAUAUUAGUUGAUGACCAAACAAAAUUGUAUUUCAGUGGUAAUCUUGUAGGAAAUAGCACAAAGAAUUUUGAUAGCAAUGUCGAAUUCAAGAGUUACGUAACACCAUCAUUCGGUGCACACAUGAGCAAUAAAAUGGACAGGACGCAUAAAGAAUUCGAUGUAGCCUUUACGAAAAAUUCAAUUAAAAAACUCUCUGGAAGAUUAUCCGCACAACACAGUCGAUCUGAUUAUACCGGAUCAAUAGAACUGGAUGUCGAAGGAAAAAGAAUUGUUGACGCGAACAUCAGUUGUCAAGAUAGAGGCGCAAUCAAAAGUUGUCGUUUGAAUGUAAGUGGUGCUUUCAAACCCAUGAUCAUCAAUGUGGAUUAUAGAAAAGAAGAUUUCGUGAUAAAGUUAGCAGUGAAGAUAUGUUGGAAAAACAGACACAAAAAUUCCGAGUGCAUAAAAAUCGAUGGUUACUAUAGAUAUGAAACUAGGUAUCAUAGAACCGUUCUUCGUGAAAUAAUACUGAAUAUAAGAAGACAAGGAGAAGAUAUGUUUGUAGAAUUUUUGCAACAUGUAAACGAAAAGGAUUAUAAAAAUAAACUUGUAUUUUCAUCUCCGAGAAAGAAAAUCGGUUAUGAUGUACAUUUAGAUCGCCAAUUGCCGCAAAAGAAUGCACAUUUGCAAAUAUAUCUUCCAUCAAGAGUGAUCAAAGCACAAGGUACUCUUCAGACAGAGAGAGAAGUUACAUUAAGUGCCGAAUGCCAACUAGACGCAGAAAGACAGCCUAUGAAAAAAAUGGUCUUAGAAUUAUUUCAUAAGAAUAAUGUUGUUAGGAGUAACCGAGAAAUAUUUUCCAAAAUCGAAUUCAAACAUCCAGAACUUCGUAAGCCGAUUUGUGUAAAAUUUGAAUUGCAUGGUAAAGAGGCCGCAUCUGCAUCUGUCCAUCCAUUCGAUGCAAAACUGGAACUGCAAUAUUCCGAUAAUCCAAAAGAUAAUAUAAUUUGUAGUGCAUAUCUGAAAAGUGUUUCGACUGGUAAAGGAAAUAGCACCUUUGUUUUUAACGUACAUACAUAUGAACGACGUCGCUUCGAUUUCACCACAAAGUUAAAUUUUACACACCGUGGUGACUUAAUACACUAUGGUUUGAGUUGGGAGCUUAUAUCACAGAAUACGAGUAGAAAAUCCGAAUAUUUAAUAUUAGAAAUUUCUACACAAAAUCAAGCUUAUGUGAUAUGGGGCAAAUGCGAAAAUACAGAAAUACAAGUAGUCGGAAUGUGGGUAUUUUUAAACAAUACUUUCAAGACCCAAAUAGACACCCGACUGAACGGUAAAGAACUGAAGAUAAUAACUUUUACUCUUGAUUUAUAUACGCCUUGUUUAAAUUUGCCAUAUACCCCAACAUCCAAUGAGAUGACGGAAUCCACGUCACAGUUGUGUACCAUUUCCAGUAAUCGACAUCUAAUAGUCGUCAAUGGAGAGCUUCUUUAUGGACAGGAUGAAGUUUCAAAUUUACGUUUAAAGCUGGGUAGAGAUACUAACCAUAUCUUCUUCACUUCCGAUUUCAAAUGGAUGCCAGAACUUCUUAGAGAAAUUUCAAAUUUCUUCACACUUUCAACUUUAAAUUUCAAAAAGCUAUUGAUCUAUAAAGAAACGUUACAGUUAUAUAGUGAUAUGAUGGAUAAUAUAAAACGAGAUAUUUAUGAACCUUUGUGUAGAAGCAUUUCUCGUGAAUUGUCGCAAAUAUAUUAUGAAAUAAAAGAUGAUUUUGAUUCUACUAAGAGGAAUCUACAACAACUCUGCGAGUGUCUACUUAAUAAUGAAGGAGUCAGUAAUCUUCUUCAAUCUUUAAGGAAAUAUAUUAAAAAUAUUCAAAAUGAACUGAAUAACUCAAUCCAGGAAGUAAUAAUUCUUUUUAAUUCUCUUAUCCAAAACGUUUAUGAUUUGAAAAGAUUUGUCGCCAGAAAACUGGAUUUAGUGUGUGAAUAUGGCACGUAUUGUUAUGAACUAAAAUCGGAAUUUAGAAGAAAUGGUUUGAAGGGAGUUUUGAGCCAAGUUUGGAAAAGAAUAGAAGAUAUUUUGAGUAAAAGUCUGAGGACUAAAAUUAAUUUCCAAAACAUUUAUAGAGGAGUCAGUAAUCUUCUUCAAUCUUUAAGGAAAUAUAUUAAAAAUAUUCAAAAUGAACUGAAUAACUCAAUCCAGGAAGUAAUAAUUCUUUUUAAUUCUCUUAUCCAAAACGUUUAUGAUUUGAAAAGAUUUGUCGCCAGAAAACUGGAUUUAGUGUGUGAAUAUGGCACGUAUUGUUAUGAACUAAAAUCGGAAUUUAGAAGAAAUGGUUUGAAGGGAGUUUUGAGCCAAGUUUGGAAAAGAAUAGAAGAUAUUUUGAGUAAAAGUCUGAGGACUAAAAUUAAUUUCCAAAACAUUUAUAGAGGUAUAUUGCUACCAUUGAAAAGUGCAUUGGAUUAUUCAAGAGAUUUUUAUAAAACUGCCUUUAGGAAGUUAAAUAAUAUCUUAAGUUCACUUAAUGAUUUCGUGGCGAAACACAUGAAACCUGUGAGUGAAACAUGGGAUGAAAUCGAAAACUUCAUUUAUAAAUUCUUUAAACAAGUUUUUAAAAAGAUAGAUGAUUCCAAGAAUAAAAUCUUGAAAAAUCAAGAUAUAAAAGCCAUUGUUGGCACUCUAAAAGAAAUUAAGAAUGAAAUGGUCGCAGAAAUAGAAAAAUUACAAGCAAAACAAUUGAACAAGAAUUGGAAAACUUUCUUCGAAGUUUUCUCUUUAUUAAAGCAAAAUGAUGACAGCGCUAUUCUAUUGUAUGAUCCUAUUCAAGGUAAACUGAGAAUCGAUGUUGAUCUUAAGAGAUCAAAACAUAUGUUAAAAGCUCUUCGCAGAGAUUCUGAUUUCAUACCAAGUUGGAUCCCUCCUCUUGCCAUAAUAAUUUCCAAUAAAAUACAACAUGGAUUUCCUCCAUUCAGAGCUGAAGCAAUAAUGGCAGAUGGUCAACAUUUCAAAACAUUUGAUAAUUCAAUCUUCAGUAUUUCUGGUGACUGCAGUUACUUUCUGGUGACAGAAAAUGUCGACAGAAAUUUUNACAUUUAUUCAAGUAUAUUGCUACCAUUGAAAAGUGCAUUGGAUUAUUCAAGAGAUUUUUAUAAAACUGCCUUUAGGAAGUUAAAUAAUAUCUUAAGUUCACUUAAUGAUUUCGUGGCGAAACACAUGAAACCUGUGAGUGAAACAUGGGAUGAAAUCGAAAACUUCAUUUAUAAAUUCUUUAAACAAGUUUUUAAAAAGAUAGAUGAUUCCAAGAAUAAAAUCUUGAAAAAUCAAGAUAUAAAAGCCAUUGUUGGCACUCUAAAAGAAAUUAAGAAUGAAAUGGUCGCAGAAAUAGAAAAAUUACAAGCAAAACAAUUGAACAAGAAUUGGAAAACUUUCUUCGAAGUUUUCUCUUUAUUAAAGCAAAAUGAUGACAGCGCUAUUCUAUUGUAUGAUCCUAUUCAAGGUAAACUGAGAAUCGAUGUUGAUCUUAAGAGAUCAAAACAUAUGUUAAAAGCUCUUCGCAGAGAUUCUGAUUUCAUACCAAGUUGGAUCCCUCCUCUUGCCAUAAUAAUUUCCAAUAAAAUACAACAUGGAUUUCCUCCAUUCAGAGCUGAAGCAAUAAUGGCAGAUGGUCAACAUUUCAAAACAUUUGAUAAUUCAAUCUUCAGUAUUUCUGGUGACUGCAGUUACUUUCUGGUGACAGAAAAUGUCGACAGAAAUUUUACUAUUAUUGCUAAAUAUAUUGGCAAAGAUAGUGAAGGACAUCCUAAAAAAGCCAUUGUUUUGUUAACUCCUACUUAUUCUGUAGAAAUUAACCCAUUCAAAUCAUUAGUGCUUUUGAAUGAUAUUUCCAUUGAAUUACCAUUCCUAACUGAUUUCAUAAGUAUUACACGGCAAAAUAACUUGAUUAAUGUACUUGACGAACACGGAAUAGAAAUACAAUGUCAUCUUGUUUAUAAAUUUUGUACAGUGUCGAUUAGUGGUUGGUAUUAUGGUAAAAUAUCUGGUUUGUUCGGUACACUAGACUAUGAACCAAGUACAGAUUUUAUCGAUCCUCGUGGUAAAUUAUCUCAGUCUGUAGAACAAUUUGCAGAAGGAUGGCAGAUUUCAUCUCAAUGUACACAACAUGUCGUACCAAUAAUCAAUAGGACUACUACAAUAUUUCAAAGUGAAGAUACUGGAGGCGUUAAGUUAUGCAAAGAAUAUUUUCUAUAUCCAACUUCACCAUUCAAACCUUGUUUCAAAAAAUUUCUUCCAAAUGACGUUUUAAGAAUGUGCUUUUCCGCAUACAACUCAGAAUUUGAUCUUGGCGCAGUUUGUGAUAUUGCUGCAUCAUAUGUUAACCUGUGCCAAAAUCAUGGUUACGCUGUUAUUUUGCCUUCCGAUUGCUUGUAUUGUACAAUGAGCGAUGGAUCAAAACUGCAAUACGGAGAGAGGAAAUUACUCGAAUUUGAAAACACAUUUUAUACGAAAAAGACAGCUGAUGUAGUAUUUAUAAUUGAGGGAAGCUACUGUAACAAAGAAAAUAUCAGAAACAUGAGUCGGUUUACUAAUAUUAUAGAGCAGCAAUUAGAAAAUAAGGAAUAUAUAAAUAAUCGCUACAGCUUAAUCGUGUAUGGAGAACGAAAUGAGCAAUUUGAAGUGUAUACUCAUACUGCUCGUGGUCAGAUUUUCUUCGAUGAACAUGAUAUAGAUAUUGCAGCUAAAAAUAUUAAAUUGAAUUAUAAUAGUCAUUUCAAACCGGAUGUAUAUGCAGCAAUUUUGCAUGCAAAUAAUCUGCCAUUCAGGGAGAGUGCGUCAAAAAUUUUUAUUCUUAUACAUUGUAAAAAAUGCGAAUCGUCUGCCAUGUCCAUUAGUUACGAAGAAAUGUUGACUAUACUUUCCACUUCUGGAAUUGAGCUCCAUGUUUUACGGAGUUCAGAAUUCUGGUCACCAUCAUUAUUCAAAAGCGAUGAUCAUAACUCUGCAACCAUCAAUGAAAAAGAUAGCAAUAUGACUUGGACAAUAUUGGAAAAGCCUUUUGGAUGGGGUGGUCUUUUUAGUAAAGGCGAUGAUCAUAACUCUGCAACCAUCAAUGAAAAAGACAGCAAUAUGACUUGGACAAUAUUGGAAAAGCCUUUUGGAUGGGGUGGUCUUUUUAGUAAAGGCGAUGAUCAUAACUCUGCAACCAUCAAUGAAAAAGAUAGCAAUAUGACUUGGACAAUAUUGGAAAAGCCUUUUGGAUGGGGUGGUCUUUUUAGUAAAGGCGAUGAUCAUAACUCUGCAACCAUCAAUGAAAAAGAUAGCAAUAUGACUUGGACAAUAUUGGAAAAGCCUUUUGGAUGGGGUGGUCUUUUUAGUAAAGGCGAUGAUCAUAACUCUGCAACCAUCAAUGAAAAAGAUAGCAAUAUGACUUGGACAAUAUUGGAAAAGCCUUUUGGAUGGGGUGGUCUUUUUAGUAAAGGCGAUGAUCAUAACUCUGCAACCAUCAAUGAAAAAGAUAGCAAUAUGACUUGGACAAUAUUGGAAAAGCCUUUUGGAUGGGGUGGUCUUUUUAGUAAAGGCGAUGAUCAUAACUCUGCAACCAUCAAUGAAAAAGAUAGCAAUAUGACUUGGACAAUAUUGGAAAAGCCUUUUGGAUGGGGUGGUCUUUUUAGUAAAGGCGAUGAUCAUAACUCUGCAACCAUCAAUGAAAAAGAUAGCAAUAUGACUUGGACAAUAUUGGAAAAGCCUUUUGGAUGGGGUGGUCUUUUUAGUAAAGGCGAUGAUCAUAACUCUGCAACCAUCAAUGAAAAAGAUAGCAAUAUGACUUGGACAAUAUUGGAAAAGCCUUUUGGAUGGGGUGGUCUUUUUAGUAAAGGCGAUGAUCAUAACUCUGCAACCAUCAAUGAAAAAGAUAGCAAUAUGACUUGGACAAUAUUGGAAAAGCCUUUUGGAUGGGGUGGUCUUUUUAGUAAAGGCGAUGAUCAUAACUCUGCAACCAUCAAUGAAAAAGAUAGCAAUAUGACUUGGACAAUAUUGGAAAAGCCUUUUGGAUGGGGUGGUCUUUUUAGUAAAGGCGAUGAUCAUAACUCUGCAACCAUCAAUGAAAAAGAUAGCAAUAUGACUUGGACAAUAUUGGAAAAGCCUUUUGGAUGGGGUGGUCUUUUUAGUAAAGGCGAUGAUCAUAACUCUGCAACCAUCAAUGAAAAAGAUAGCAAUAUGACUUGGACAAUAUUGGAAAAGCCUUUUGGAUGGGGUGGUCUUUUUAGUAAAGGCGAUGAUCAUAACUCUGCAACCAUCAAUGAAAAAGAUAGCAAUAUGACUUGGACAAUAUUGGAAAAGCCUUUUGGAUGGGGUGGUCUUUUUAGUAAAGGCGAUGAUCAUAACUCUGCAACCAUCAAUGAAAAAGAUAGCAAUAUGACUUGGACAAUAUUGGAAAAGCCUUUUGGAUGGGGUGGUCUUUUUAGUAAAGGCGAUGAUCAUAACUCUGCAACCAUCAAUGAAAAAGAUAGCAAUAUGACUUGGACAAUAUUGGAAAAGCCUUUUGGAUGGGGUGGUCUUUUUAGUAAAGGCGAUGAUCAUAACUCUGCAACCAUCAAUGAAAAAGAUAGCAAUAUGACUUGGACAAUAUUGGAAAAGCCUUUUGGAUGGGGUGGUCUUUUUAGUAAAGGCGAUGAUCAUAACUCUGCAACCAUCAAUGAAAAAGAUAGCAAUAUGACUUGGACAAUAUUGGAAAAGCCUUUUGGAUGGGGUGGUCUUUUUAGUAAAGGCGAUGAUCAUAACUCUGCAACCAUCAAUGAAAAAGAUAGCAAUAUGACUUGGACAAUAUUGGAAAAGCCUUUUGGAUGGGGUGGUCUUUUUAGUAAAGGCGAUGAUCAUAACUCUGCAACCAUCAAUGAAAAAGAUAGCAAUAUGACUUGGACAAUAUUGGAAAAGCCUUUUGGAUGGGGUGGUCUUUUUAGUAAAGGCGAUGAUCAUAACUCUGCAACCAUCAAUGAAAAAGAUAGCAAUAUGACUUGGACAAUAUUGGAAAAGCCUUUUGGAUGGGGUGGUCUUUUUAGUAAAGGCGAUGAUCAUAACUCUGCAACCAUCAAUGAAAAAGAUAGCAAUAUGACUUGGACAAUAUUGGAAAAGCCUUUUGGAUGGGGUGGUCUUUUUAGUAAAGGCGAUGAUCAUAACUCUGCAACCAUCAAUGAAAAAGAUAGCAAUAUGACUUGGACAAUAUUGGAAAAGCCUUUUGGAUGGGGUGGUCUUUUUAGUAAAGGCGAUGAUCAUAACUCUGCAACCAUCAAUGAAAAAGAUAGCAAUAUGACUUGGACAAUAUUGGAAAAGCCUUUUGGAUGCGAUGAUCAUAACUCUGCAACCAUCAAUGAAAAAGACAGCAAUAUGACUUGGACAAUAUUGGAAAAGCCUUUUGGAUGGGGUGGUAUUUUUGCUUUAUUUCGUAAUACUGAAGAUGUUUGCGCUUCACUUGCUGCAGGACUUCAUGGAAGCCAUUUUAAAACGAAACAAUAUUCCGAAGAUUUGUAUAGCGAUAGCAAAACUUGGUCAAAUAAAAUUUCUCGAAGUAUCUCUCAGAGUUCUUCAGAUUGUAAAAUGUGCAUAUGUGGACAAGAUAUGCAAGAUUAUGGACCAAUUGUCAAAUGUUUGCCUUGUUCCUAA